CACAACGGAGCGAUGUGGGGUCGUACGGUGCUGCUCUCUAUCGCCGUCUUUCUCGCAACAGCAAAGUUAUCGACUGCGCAAGCCCCCGGUUACUAUGGCAAAUACAUAGGCAAGCUCAAGACACUUCAUCACAGUGUGACCGGCGAAGUGUUUGCAGUGGACGCCCGAACACUGCAUAUAAGAGAUUUCACAUAUGACGGGGAAGGGCCAGCGGCCUUCUUCUAUGCCGGCAAUUCGAAGGCCCCAAGCGCUUCUGGCUUCAGGAUAAAUGACGAGAGAGGAUCGCCGCAGCCCUUACAGCGGUACGUGAAGAAACACGUGACAAUAACACUUCCGGACGGAAAGACACUGCACAACAUCAAGUGGUUUUCAGUUUGGUGUGACGAGUUCUCGGUUAAUUUCGGAGAUGUUAAGAUACCCAAAAAUUUGGACUAUCCCAGGCCUCAGAAGAUAGACCAACUCAACGGGGUUCACCUUGUCUCCUCUGACCCCAUCGUGGUAGUGGACGCCCAGACUCUACUUAUACCCAACUUCUCUUACGACGGAGAAGCUCCUGAUGCGAAGUUCUGGGUGGGCAGAGGAAACAGACCCAGCCCUCAAGGUAUCAGAGUGCCUGACGAGAACGGAAAGGAAGUGCCAUUACGUCGAUACGACCGCAAGACGAUCGUCUUGACCCUGCCAGGAGAUCUCACGGUGUUUGAUAUUGGCCACUUCGGUGUUUGGUGCGAAGCAUUUACUGUGGACUUUGGCCACAUCCGCAUCCCGUCCGGACUCAACGUGCCACCAUCACUCAAGAUGCUCGGAGUAGCGCCACAGUCGAAGCUGAACUGCGAGGUACUGUGGGACGAGCUUGCGUUUGAGGUGCGCUGGGCCGUGGCAGGAGACAGCGUGGUCAUGCAGCUCGUCAGUAAACUCGAGGAUGGAGAGUACAUGUCGUUUGGUUUGUCCGGUGAUGACGCUCGCAGUAAGAUGAUCGGUGGUGAUGUCGUUGUGGCGUGGGUGGACAAGACUACGCUUAAAGGAUACGCUGAUGACUACUUCCUGGAUUCGAAGUCACAGUGCGCCGGCACCAGAGGCAGCUGCCCCGACGAAAGGCUCAGGGAGAACACGGGAAACGUGCGGUUGCUGAACGCCGCAAUGGUGAACGGCUAUUCCAUCGUGACGUACCAGCGACCACUGAAGGCACAGGACGAGCUGGAUAUCGAUAUUGUUCCGAACAGCACCCAGCCCAUCAUCUGGGCGAUUGGGCCUCUCAAUUCCAGGAAUGAAGUUUCUUACCACAGCCUCGCGAAUAAGAGAGAUGUGCUACUGAAUUUUGGACGAGCACCCAAAUGGAACUGCCCCAUCCCUGAGACUGACUCUACCCCCGCUGCUGCCGCGGCACGUCCGUCAUCCGAGCAUCAGGCGCCUGAACAGCAACUGCGUUCAUCCGCAGAGCCCACAGCCCGGAACAGGACCCGCACCACAUACAGCGCACAGGCCACACCAGCCCCGGCCCCCAAGACCGAUGCGUGGGAAAUACCAGCCAUCCAGUGCUAUGAGCCGGAGGAUGGCAUCUUCUAUGCGCAAAUGGGCCCCACGGGGGGCAAGCACGGGUACCCGGCCAUCACAGGUCACGUGGGUUGGGGUAUCUCCUGGUACAUUAACGGUCUUUUGAUACCCGAGAUCAACGUAGUACGCGGGAAGACCUACACUUUCGUGGUCGAGGGAGGACUCGACCCUGAGACCCCUGCAAGAUACCAUCCAUUCUACAUUACAGACGACCCCGUAGGAGGCUACGAACACAAGACUCCGGAAGAAAGAACGGCUGUUCGGAUUUUUGCCGGAGCGCGGCAGAAUCGUCGUGGUGACGUGUACCCCACCGGGACUGGAAGGCUCUGCAACUGGAAAUCUGACCCCAAUCAGCCUCCUGCAGACGAAUUCGCAUCCUUUGGUGCCUACCAGAGAACCUUGACGCUGGAAUGUGACCAGGGAGAGCCGGGAAUCGUGCAGUGGACGCCAGAUAAGAACACACCAGACACUGUGUACUACCAGUGCUUUACACAUCGCUAUCUGGGAUGGAAGAUCAAUGUGUUAGACACCUGCGAUGCAACACCAGCUGCCAGCAACCCAAUCCCUCUUCGCGUGCCAGCAAGUGAGGAAGAUUUAGAGGACAGUGAAGACGACGAUGAAGAAGGGGAGUUACAGUCCAGACCAAGCAUUCAGGUUUCAACUCGAGUCAAGCCAAAUGGUGUGUAUUUCAACAUGAAGGACAACUUUUCGAAACAGACAGAGCACAAGUACAUCCCGCUGAAGGAGUUCGCUAAUCGUCCAUCUGACACUCAGCAUAACUUCCACCAGGACUUUCCUUUCUUGUACGAGCCCAUCACAACAACUAGAUCUGUUGUACUGGAUGAAGGGAAUAUCAGAAAUGCGUUACUGCCACCUCCAGUUUUGCUGAAAGACCCAACAUACAGUACACAAUACACUGGACAGGUACAAAAUGCAAGCAACGAUAAUCCAGUCGCCCAAGCCCUGGUACGUGAUAGUUACUUCCCGCAGACAAUACCAGUCAAGGACAGUGAUGCAAUAUGGGUGAAGACCCGCCACUCAGCCGACAAAACAAAUCCUUCUGGGCUUAAUAUUCAGCCUCCACAAGAAACUCCAGUUUCAUCCAUACAAGUAAUUCCUUCUGGACCUGUUAUCCAAAAUGUACAACAGAACUUUACAGCACCUGAACCACAGCAGCCAGCCACAGAGGUCACUGUGGAUCCCAAGAGGAAGCCUGUUCUGCAUGCCACGACACCGCUACCCGUAAUCAGCUUCUCUUUAGUAUCGGACUCCAAGCAGGCACCAGAUGUUGAGGCCUCAGCGACUUCCUCCGUCAAUGUGACAUCAGAAAACAGGCUGACGUCUGGGGAUAUCCAGGUCAAGGUGCCUGUGAUCCCCAUAGCACUGACUCCCGGAAUGAUAAACCUCCACACAACCAGGAUCCCCCAGGGGUACGGGCGCAUACCUGUGUUCCCUCAGAUUAUGUUCCAGCGUCCUAUGCAGCCCUAUAACUUCAUGUCACAUCUUCGUCACCCAGUGCCACAUAGGGGUUUCCACCGCCCCCCUGUCAGCGUGUACCACCCCCAAUAUGCAACAUCCGCAUCCAAUCAGCAUAAUUUUAUCAUAAAGAAGCCAUAUUACCGGCCAACUCCCAGACCCAUGACCAUUACACCACAGUUUCACCUCCCCAUUGGAAAGACACGUAUCCCGCUACAACAGAGUUCCACAUCCAUCAAGACCUACCAUUUCACUCUGGCACCAUCCAUCCAGACCCUCAAGCUCCGCAAAGUGUCCUCCACCACGUCCACCAGCACUACGACUCCCUUACCUGCCCCAACACAGGCUCCCAAUCUCAUUCAAGAUGGAGCAGCAACCAUCAAGCCCUCUCCAUCCAUCCCCCCAUCGGAUGUGGUUAUGCUGAAGCCACUCAACUCCAACAUCCCUGUAGCCAUCAACACUGGCUUCAACCCUCAUUCUGUAGUUGUUGAAGGUGGGUUCAAGCCCAUCAUUACAAGCAAGAAUGUGGAAGCGCAAGACAGAUCUGUGGUAGAUGAAGAAGUGCUGGAGGUUAAGGAGAAGCCAGAAGCUAGCACCAACAAAACAGAGGAGGCAAUAGUAGAGGAGCUGGCCUCGGAAAUUGUGGCAGUCAUCGCGGAGGAGGAGAGGAAGGACAACCCAUUUCAAGGACAAGAGCCCGAGAUGUUCGAACCUAUGUUCAUUCCGUCACCCCCAGACAGGAAUGCCGCACAGAACAGCUCUGACAUCAAGAAGCCAAUUCUGGCAGAGGAUCUAACGCCACCUGUGGCCCACAUGAACCACCGACACAGCCUACAGCCAAGCAGAAAGAAUGUGUACCCCUUCAUGAUGAUACGUCCGCGCCCUGGACUAGCGCGUCGCCCUCUGUAUCCCAGCAACAUUGUGCCACCCUUCCGCAUCCCAGUCAGAGGUGGAUCCCCCACAUUUAGGUACCAGCAGGCUGAUGACUACACUGAAGACGAGACUCCAAUGGCAGCUGAGCGCAUGGACAGCUACCUUCCACCGAUCGAUAGCUCUAUCCCUUCAGGAGUUGCAGUCACCUAUGACGGCAAAUCCGUUGCAUCAAUUCCCCCUGCACCGAUUGCUAUCAAGAACAUCCGAGUCCCACUUGGAACAGCAGAUUUGAUCAGAGGAAUGCCACAAUUUGCACCAUUCCAGGGGGAAAUACCACCACCUGUGCCCGAUGUGAUUAGCCCAGAGAAUAUUCCUCAGCUUAGCAAAGAAAACCAACAGCAAGCACAGACACUGCCAGAACAGUUCAAACGGCAGAACGAUGCAUUUCCACACCCUCCACCAAUUGAAAGAACUCAGCUUCUUUUGAUUCAGCAAGACAGUGAGGAACUUAACUCUGACAGCUCAGAGAUCAAAGAGGUAACGACAGCAAGCAAGGGGAACAAGCUCAAGAAACAAACUAUUAAAAAACCUGUAAGCAUCAAAGAGGAAGGCGAAAUCAUGAGCACAGUAGAUGACAGGUGGCCAUUCUCUACCAACCUGGAAGGUGUGAAGCAAAUGGAAGAAAGUACAAUUACAAUUGCAGAACUUGAUGGAACUACACUCAAACAAACAGCAGAUCAGUCACCAAUUCAGCCAGCAGAACGCAGGGAAAGGAGGUCAGCACAUCAUGAGCCUGGACAUGUUGGUUAUGAUUAUCAGCAUUCUGGUCAUGACCAUUCCAGUCAUCAGAAUUCAGCCCACAACCAUUCUAAUUACCAUGACCACUCUCAGCACAAACAAAGUAGGGCAACUUCUGUUACAGUUUCUUCAGUUCUCUUGAUAUUAAGUCCCAUUGUCAUAAAUUAUCUCUGAGAAAUGCUAAUUCUUAUGACAAUCUGAAGUUUAGAGUUGGAACUGUAACAUGACAUCUGCUGUUCUUAAAUUUUAGUCUUCAUGUAAGGGUGACCACAUACUAACAAUAGAAGAUAGGAAUAAAAUGUACUUGAGUCACAAAUAAGAAAUAUGAAACACUGAAAGCAAUCCCUUUCACUUCAUUGUUUAUGUUCACUUUUAUCAUAACACUGUUACAAUAAAAGUAUGAUAAAUAGUUCUAUUAAUUCCAAAAUACUUCCACUGAAAUAAUUUAACAGUAGUCUUGACAUAUUUUGAAAAAGUAACCGCUAAAUACAAAAUCAUUAAGUUAAAACUAAUGAUUAGAUUGCUAUUUCCAUUUGCCGGGUUUCAGAACUUAUUACCAGCCGAGGUUUAGCAUUAAAAAUUAUAUAUUUAAUACGUGACUUAUAAUAAAAGAAAUGGGAAUAGCCCUUUCAAAACAGGAUGCCUUCACAGUGACGAUGUUUCUUAAAUGUACUGAAUGUCACCCAACAUUCUUUUUCCAUAUGAAAAUGCUUAGAAGAAAGGCAAUGUCCAAUCACAGGAGACUGAAAAUGACAACAGUACUAUGACCAUGCUUAAAGUAAUGCAGAAAAAAAGACAAAAUUUAUAAUCAUGAAUUAACAUAGAAACUCUAAACUUCUGAAGGAUUUCCAUCCCUACCAACAAUAAUCCUAACUCUAACAAUGUCAAAGCUCAAUUCUAUUUUUAUAUGAAAUUAUAUUCCUAGAUAAAAAUGAAUGCUGCCAAAUCAUACCAUCACUAAACUUAUCAACACUUUACAUAACAUAUGUUUUUCUUACUGUCAGACACUGAAUGAAAUCAGUCAGCAGCUGAUGGCAGAAGCAUACAAAUGUAUGAUGUAUGUAGAUAUUGCAAGCAGUAAUCUUUUUCUGCUGCUGUGCAUAUUUUGUACCAUUUUCAGCAAAUCUAUUAUUUUAAAAGAAAAUCUACUGUACAAAAAAAGUGGAGGUAAUUAUGUGAAUAUACAUAUUGUUAUACUUUGUACAUAAAUAUAUACAUAUAUAUGUAAUUGAAAUAAUAAAACUUUGUUAAGGAGUGGAAUGUCUCGCUGCAUUGUCUAAAUUAACUUUGUGGUCAAUAAUCAGAUCGUCAAGAAAUUUCCUGCUUUCUUUGAACCUGAAGGCUUGUUAACUGUGUUCAAGAGUCUACCAUUGUACCUUAUCAUUAGAUAGAUUAACCAAGCCAUCUUAAAACCUUUCUCUAUGAUACACUUUAAUAUUACAUGAGCAUCUAUGCCUAAUUGAUUCAAUGCUGUCACUGCAAUAGCUCAGAUGGUAUAGUGACUAGGCUCUAAAAUAAAACACAACAGCAAUUUUCAAAUGGAUGCAUGAAACAUUCACAUGACUAGCAGAACCAUGUGUGAAAAUGAAUGGAAGUCAUUUUCAUCAUUUUUGUAAGGAAUGUGUUAUAGCUAAUAUAAUGUGUCAAUGACCUUUGGAGCAGAAAAUGGGACAGUGAGAGUGAAUCCUCUCUUGUCCACACAUCACACUGUCAUUCUAAUGAUAAUUUUACCUCCUUUUGUUUUAUGUAUUUUCAUCUGUUGUGCCAGUAAUUACAAUUCAAAACCAGACCUCUGAAACUAAUUUAGAACAUUAAACUGUUAAAGUGAACCUAAUGAUAGUUAUGAUGAUUUGCUGUUCAAAGGAAUCUAUGCUUCAGUCCAGUCACAGCUUCAAGAAACAAAUAUAAAAUGAUAAAAUGACUGUAAACACAGCAUACCUCUAUAUAUGUGAGGGAUACAAUCCUGACAUGUUUGUGAAUAUCAAAACUCACAAAUAAGGUCAUGAUAAGUAUAUGUAUAAACACUUUUAAUGAAUCAUGCAUGCCUUUUUUCUCUUCCUAACUUUUACACUUUCAUGUACAUUACUAAAAUUAUUUGUCUUUCUAUUGGGAGGCAUGGGAGGGUGAGAGAUGGCAAAAAAAACACUACUAGUAUAACAGCGAGGUAUGGGCUGAAGCAGACUGUGACAUGACAUGAACUGGUUAGAUGCUAAGUAGCUGGACAAGGCUUGCAAAGAAAGUUCACACUAAUACAUUAGUGGGAGUUAGCUGAAAAUAGUACAUUCAUAUGUGCUGAUUGCAUAUGCAUAUUUUAUGGCAACUUUCUUUCCCUUUUACUACACAAAUUAUGCAAUGUUCCAAUUUUAUAUAAAAAAACUAGUGCAAUACCCAUUGAAAAUUCAAUCGAAAGUCUUCUCAUUAGUUAUGUAAACUAAAUGUUAUUGGUAUAUACAGAUUCAAUAAAGUUUAAAUACAACAUUUAUCUGUAAAUACUAACACAAAGAAAUAAUACAUACACAUACAUAGGGUGGAUGAAACAUAUUUAGCACUUGUGCAAUUUUAACCGUAUACAAACAUAGGCCAUGAUUCUUUCAGCACUUAAACAGAUGAGCCUCAGAGGCAAACACAUACAGACACUGGACUCUGACAAGUACAUAUA